CUCUUGAACUUCGAUUUAAUCUAGUUCCAGUGCGCCAUGGCCGACGACGACACGAAGCACGGCGGUGACAACCGGGUCGACACGACCACCGGUGACAUCCGGGCGCCAACCAGCUUGGACAAUCGGCCCUUCAGGAGCCAUCUGGAUGGGGCCCUGCAGCAGUUCGGGUCCCAGCAGCCGGAUAAGAUCGUCACCACAAAGUACCUGGAACGGUACAGACGGAUCGAUCUGGACGCGUUCGUGAACGAUUUUGCCACCAAGUCGGAGGAGUGCGUGUACGCCCGGAUGGGGGACUGCGCGGAGUUUGUGCAGGUCACCAACUGGUGCGAGCUGAUGCAGUCUGCGGGGUUGAAGGACACCUGCAAUAACGAGCUGGCGUUGGCGAUGAAGGUGAUUGCCAAUACGGAGCAGUUUCCGGAAGUGAAAAACGCGAAUGGGGUGGACUUUAGGUUGCUGUACCUGAAUCUGUCCAACAUGAUGCUGGGCCAUCCGGUGCAGGAGAUGAACGAGGCCACGGCGAAGGUGCUGAAGGAGGUUUAUGAGGAAACCUGGUCCCAGCUGCGCCAAUCGGACAACAACGAGAACGCCGCCCUGCUGCGGAACCGCCUGCAGAACAUUCUGCCCCCGAUGAGCUCCGUUCCGGUGAGCUCGAGCAACGCCGCCCUGGACGUGCUAUUUGCCGAUUCGAAUCUCAACCCGCUGCAACUGCCGGUGGAGAAGCUGUUCACCAGCAAAGAGUAGAAGAACUUCUGCAGACAUGAUUUGGGACCGUUUUUUUAAGUGUGAUAAGACUGAGAAAUAAAAUGUUACUUUACUUGAA